ACAACACAUACAAUAAAAGACAAAGUUUUUAUUCAUAAUUUUUCUGUAAUUAAAUAAAAAUAUCCUAAAUUUACGGGCUUUAUUGGUAUAUUGAUCUGGAUUCCAUCUCAGCCAUUUGAUGGCGUCAGACGAUUAAUCGACACCGUUCAUUUGAAAACACUUGUUCAUUUUCCAUGGGAAAAAGAAAAAAAGAGAUUUUUUUGUCACGUUAAGAGAAAGAAGAGUUUUUUUAGAGCAAAACAGUGUGAUUGCCAAGUGGGUUCUGCUCAGAACUUGGUUUCUCUCUCUUUUUCUUACCUCUGUGGAAACCAUCUAUGUUUCCAUGGCUUGGAUUUUGGUUUAGCUUUCAGCUUUUAGUACAUGCAGUAAUGAAAAGGUAAGGCAUGAGAUGAUAACUUUCAUUUUAAAGACCAUAUAACGACUUAUUCUUCGACCAUUGGAGCUUAAUUCAGGUUAUACAAACAUCACCAGAUCGUUUUGCACCAAAUUCACUGCCACCAUUGGAUCAAGUUCUCUACUUUCUGAUGUCAAAUUCCAAAGUCUCAUCAUCUUCACCAUCCUUAUGUUCAAUAUCAGCCCCUGAUAUUGAUCCUUUGCUCAAGGAUUUGAAUGAGAGAAAGCAGAGUUUUCGGCGAAACGUGGUGUCUUUGGCAGCUGAACUAAAGGAAGUUCGGAGCCGCUUGGCAUCUCAAGAGCAAAUUUUUGCUAAAGAAACAACAACAAGACAGGAGGCAGAGACAAAGGCUAAAAACAUGGAAGACCAGAUUUGUAAAUUGCAGAGGAGACUUGAAGAGAGGAAUGAGCAACUUCAAGCUUCAACAUCUACAACUGAGAAGCACUUGAAGGAGUUAGAUGAUCUCAGAUCAAAGCUCACAGACACUCAAGCAACUGCGGAUGCUAGUGCUGCAUCAGCUCAAUCUGCACAAAUGCAGUGCUCAUCACUUCUUAAGGAGCUAGAGAAGAAGAAUCUUUCAUUAAAAGAGCACGAGAAUCGUGUAACCAGGCUAGGGGAGCAAGUAGAUAUUCUACAAAAGGAACUUAAAGCUCGAGAAUCUUCCCAAAAUCAGCUGCGAGAUGAAGUUAUGAGGGUCGAACGUGAUAUAAUGGAAGCUCUUUCCAAAACUGCGUCGAACAAGGAAUGUGAACUGAGGAAGAUAUUAGAUGAGGUCUCUCCAAAGAACAUAGAGAACAUUAAUAGGCUGUUAGUUGCUAAGGAUGAAGAAAUAGCUAGACUGAGAGAGGAAAUCAGGAUAAUGUCUGAUCACUGGAAGCUCAAGACUAAGGAUUUGGAAGCACAGUUAGAGAAGCAACGUCGAACCGAUCAGGAAUUGAAGAAGAGCGUGUUGAAGUUGGAAUUCUGUCUCCAGGAAGCUAAAUCUCAGACACGCAAACUCCGAAGGAUGGGAGAGCGAAGAGACAAAGCUUUGGAAGAACUCAGAGACCAAUUAGCUGUGAAACAAGUUGAAGCUUCAAGUUCCCAAAAGCAAAAUUUCUGGGAAAGUUCUGGUUUCAAGAUUGUUGUUUCCAUGUCGAUGUUGGUAUUGGUAGUUUUCUCGAAGCGAUAGAAACAAACAAACAACAAAUCAGUUUUUCUCGCCUUGAGGAAAAACCGAAACAGUCACUGUAUAAAAUCAUCUUUAAAAUCCUUUAGUUCUAGUCUUAUAGUAGUAGUUUAAUUUAAGGAGGAGGCAAUUUUGCUUGUAGAGUUUAUAUUUUGUGCAUAAUUUUGGUAGUUACCAUGUUGAGCAUUCAACUUUCAAUUUCAAUAAAUGAAAUUGUCAUCUCAUAACUUCUUAUUAAAAGUCAAAAGUUUGGUAUA